AUGGCUGAGUCAUCCGACUCCAAGACGGACAAGCCCGUUACCCAAACUCCUGGACUUCUUCCAUCUUCUCACUGGGCAUCUCUCAAGGAUGAAACUGCAAACCGCGAAUACGAUACCAAUGACAGUUCUUCAGAGCAUACCAGCUUUCUCUCGAGCACCACCUCCGUGACAAGCACUUUACGUCGGUUCCGCAGCCUCCAUGGCCGCACAUACCAUUCGGAGAUUGGCAUUGCUCAGUCCUGGACACCAAAUGACCUGAAGCAUAUUGGGGCUCUGGAGUUCAUGCAUGCCUCUUUUUUGGUAGCAAUGGACGAGAAGCUUUUCCUGGCGCCUGUCGACACUUCCAAGCUCAAGAGGGUCCUGGAUGUCGGUACGGGUGCGGGCCACUGGGCCAUUGAUAUGGGAGAUCUAUACCCGAAUGCUGAAAUCAUUGGUCUAGAUAUCACUCCUAUGCAGCCAACAUGGGUUCCUCCCAACGUCAGCUUUCAGAUCGACGAUGCUAACCAGCCGUGGACCUUCGCCGAUAACUACUUUGACUUUGUCCAUACGCGAUUUCUUUCUGGCUGCAUUGCUGAUUGGGAUAAGUUCUAUCGCGACGCCUUCCGUUGCAUCAAACCUGGAGGCUGGCUAGAACACCAAGAAGUCAACAUUGCCUGGUUUGAUGAUUCGGACCCUAUUCCUGAGGAGAGCCCAUUGGGUCAAUACGGCCCGUCGUUCCGGGAAGCUGGCAAUAGGUCUGGGCGUACCUUCUGCGUAGUCGCAGACGAUUUGCAGGAGAAGGGAAUGAAGGCGGCGGGUUUCGUAGACAUUCAGGUGAAGGACAUGAAGAUCCCCUUCGGCGCCUGGCCCGAAGAUGAGCGUCAAAAGGAGCUUGGCAUUCUUUCUAAAGCGUUUACAAUGGCGGACCUUGACGGAUGGUUGCUCUUCACUUUCAAUGAAAUUCUCGGCUGGAAGCCAGAAGAAACGCAGGUAUAUAUUGCCCUGUUACGAAAGGAGCUGAACAACCCAAAACGUAACCUCUAUUAUGUGCGGCGUGUGGUGUACGGUCGGAAGCCUGAAGCUUCGUAG